UGCUCAUUUAUUGCUUGUAAAAUGGCGGCGCCUGGCGGCCCUCCAGCCUUCAGAGGUCCCCCUCCAGGUGCAAUGGAAGGUGGAGCGAGGCCACCCCCGGCAGGAAUGCAGAGUGGCGGCCUGCCCCCAAACGGGCCGUACGGGAGAAUUCCCAGUUUUGGAAGCGAGGGCGAACCCCCGAUGAAGAGGAUGCGGGAUGGGAAUGGGCCGCCACAGCCGAUGUGGGGGGGUCCCGGUGGCCCUGGGCCGCGGCCCCCAAUGCAGGAUCCCGGGAAGGACCGAAGCAUGGCGUCGGUGUUCUACAAGACGAGGAUGUGCAAGAACUUGGCGUUUCCGGGGGGGUGUCCAUACCACGAGAAGUGCAACUAUGCGCACUCAGAGGAGGAGCUGCGAACGCUGCCGCCAGAGUAUGCUGAUGGCCCUCCCGAGCGCCCCCCGCUGCAAGGGCCGCCUCCCGGGGGGGCAAAUUUCGAGCCAGACGGACCCCCCGGGCCAGGACCGGGCCCGCCGCACGAGGGUUUCGGGGGGUUUGGGGGGCCGCCGACGAGGCCGCCACCCGCGACACCGAAACCGCCGAACUGGAAGACGAAGAUCUGCACCUCCUGGGAUCGGCACGGGAGUUGCAGUUACGGGGAUCGAUGCGGGUUUGCUCACGGGCCGCACGAGCUGAGAGCUUACGGUCCUGUGGUUGAGGAUGCGAUCAAGCCUGGUCCAGGCCCGGCGUUUCAUGGUGGGGGGCCGCCUUUUCCUGGCGGUGGACCCCCCCCUUUCGGUGGCCCGCCUGGGCCGAGGCCGAACGGCUUUCCGCAGGAAGAGCCAGGCAAGGACUCGGGCCUGGGCCCCGGCAUGGACUCUGCCCGAUCCGACGGCUCCAACGGCGCCUUCGAAUCCGGUCCGCUCGUCCUGACCGUCGAUCUAGACCUCAUCCACGGCGACUCCAUCUUUGAAGAAGACCUGGAAGACGAAUCCUUCAAACCGGGCGACCCCGGGGAAAAGAACGCCCGCCCGGGGGGCGAAAACGAGCCCGGCCCGACCCCCUCGAACCAGAACCGGCCGCCGGACAUGCCGCGCCGCGACGGGUUUGACGGGUUUAGGGGCCCACCCGACGGGAUGCCCCCCGGGCCGUGGAUGCACCGGCCGCCAUUCUUCCGGGGGGGUCCCGGCUGGGGCGAAGGCCCCCCCCGAGGAUUUCCGCCGUUUGGGCCGAGAGGCCCCGGGUUCCAUUUCGGGGGGCCCGGAGACUUUGGCCCGCCGCCGGAGGCGUUUUACGGGGGGUUCGGACCGAGGGGACCGCCGCCGAACUUUGAGGGGGGGCCGCCAAGGGGAUGGGGUGCUCGGGGGAGGGGCCCUGGGCAAUUUGAGAUGGAGCAACCGGCGGGGUGAAGUUGCAUGGGGAGCAUGGAUUUCAGAUUUGAUUGUUUGCAAUGAAACGCUUUAUGGGGCGAUCCGGAACGGGAUUGGAGAGCGUUGGGGGGGAAUCCUGAUAGCGGUAUCCAGUGUGCACUGAAGCUUCAAGGUUCGUGGGAUCUCGCAGGAGACCUGAAGAGACGCGCAAGAGUACCGUAGAGUGGACGUUGUAGGGACGCUCUCGAAAUUCGUGCAAGUCAGUCUACACCACACCUGUUUCAUUAAGUUCUGUGUCACUGAAAUAUCUCAUUACAUAGUGAACGUCGGUA